UUUGUCAUCUUGUCUGUUAAAUUCUUUCCCCCAUCUACAAACUACAAAGGGGAUGAGUAAUGGGCAGAGAGAGAGGUUUUUUAAAAGCCUAUUAAAGGAGGGGUUGUUGGCAAAUGGCAAUUACAAGAGGAGGAACCAAACAACCGUCUGUUGAUCUGCCCUGUGACACAUGAUUUGCCCAUGGAAAAAGGUAACGCAAGAAACAAGAAAAAAGUAAAAGAGUAAUUAUGGAGGUGAAAAGAAAAACCAGUCUCUCUCUCUCUCUAUCUCUAUCUCUAUCUCUCUCUUAAUAGUCACAGAUCUCUGCCCAAGUAAAAAGUUUGCAAGUUACAAGAGAAAAUCCCAAACCAGGCAGCCCCUUCCUUUUUUUUUUUUUUUUUCUCUCCCUCCAUGACCCGAGGCUAUGAUUGAGUGAACCAGACAAAGUUUCCUCACUGUCCCAUUUCUCUCUAUACCCACUAGCCCCUCCACACUGCUCAUCUCUCCAAACUCCAGCUUUUCUUUUUUAUGCCUUUUCUCCUACGUUUUUUUUUUUCCUUCUGAUUAGACCCCAUUCCUCUCUAUACCCACUAGCUUUUAAGCCUUUUCUCCUACAUUUUCCUUCUUUCCCUCUGAUUAGACCCCAGGAAAUGCCAUUGCAACCAUUGUUUGGUUGGUUCCCACAGUGAAUCAGUGAUCUUCAUCUUUCCAGAAACCUGAAGGAAAGUGGAAGAAAGUAAGUAAAACCAAACAAGAGAGACAGAGACAGAGAUACCCAGUUCAGUCUUUUUCCUGCUCUGCAGCCUUCAGAGAGCAAAAUGAGAAAGCAUGGAUGGCAACUUCCUUACCACCCUCUCCAGGUGGUAGCUGUUGCUGUAUUUCUGGCAUUGGGGUUUGCUUUCUAUGUGUUCUUUGCUCCUUUUGUUGGGAAGAAACUGUAUCAGUAUAUUGUGAUGGGGCUCUACACUCCUCUCAUCACAUGUGUCUUCGGCCUAUAUAUUUGGUGCGCGGCAGCUGAUCCUGCAGACCCUGGAGUUUUUAAGUCCAAAAAAUAUCUAAAAUUUCCAGACUAUGAAAAGCAUUCAACGCCAAAGGAUUCAAAAUUAGGUGGGGAAUCAACUUCUUCCAGGCUUGAUGCUAAUGCUGCAACAGCUGGGGGGAAACCUGUGGAUAAUGAUGCAGUGGCUAAGGAUGCAACUUCAAAUGACCGUAUUAAUGAAAUCAAGGAAAAGAAUGCUUCACCAAAGCAUUCAUCUCGUUUCCUAUUGGCUUGCGCUCCUUUUGCUUUUAUCUGCAACCGCUGCAGUUCAAGUGAGGAAUCUUCUGAACAAACGUGUGAAGAAGAAGGCAUGUUCUAUUGCAGUUUGUGUGAAGUUGAGGUUUUCAAGUACAGCAAGCACUGUCGAGUUUGUGAUAAAUGUGUUGACCGUUUUGAUCAUCAUUGCAGGUGGCUUAACAACUGUAUAGGCAAAAAGAACUACCGACAAUUUUUCACCCUCAUGGUUACUUCUCUCCUCUUGCUUAUUCUACAAUGGUCAACUGGAAUCCUCGUGCUUAUCUGCUGUUCUCUUGAGAGGAAGCGGUUUUCUGUGGAUAUCUCCAUGAAGUUAGGAAGCAGUUUCUCUUUGGUGCCCUUUAUUAUUGUAGUGGUAGUGUGCACCAUUUUGGCUCUGAUUGCUACCCUACCACUAGCUCAGCUUUUCUUCUUUCACAUCCUCCUCAUAAAGAAGGGAAUCAGUACAUAUGAUUAUAUCAUAGCUCUGAGGGAGCAGGAACAAGAGCAACAAGGAGUUGGAGUUCAACAGAGUCCCCAAAUGUCUCCUGCCAGUUCACUUACUGGAUUAAGCAGUGCAAGCUCCUUUACAACUUUCCACCGUGGUGCAUGGUGCACACCCCCACGCUUGUUUCUUGAAGAUCAGUUUGAUGUCGUUCCUCCAGAAACUGCGUCUGUGAGCUCGUUAGGGAAAAUAUCGCGAGAGGAACAUAUUAAGAAAAGAAAUCCUGGAGCAGUAAAGAUCAGUCCAUGGACAUUAGCACGAUUAAAUGGAGAAGAGGUUUCAAAGGCUGCUGCAGAGGCAAGAAAAAAAUCCAAAAUCUUGCAGCCUAUAAUGAGACGGGAUGCCCCUUUUGGCCUAGAACCUGACAGUAGCUUUGGCAACAGUGGCCGUCGGAUGGUCCCGAGGCCUGAUAAUAAUAGAAGGCGGGCCAAUAAGCGGGUGCGCCUCCCAGCUGACCUACCCCUUGAGCCCCUGCCAACGGUUUCAGUUAAAGAAGUUGAGAAAGGUUUCAACGAGUCAUCAACUAGUUUGGCCCCUCUUCAGCUUGAAGCGCGCAGUGCUUUCCAAACAAGCCUAGCAAUGUCAAGCUCAGCUGGGAUUGUUGCUUCUUCUCCUGAGAGCAGUUUGGACUCACCCGAUAUUCACCCAUUCCGGGUCUCUUCAUCAGGUCCUGAAGAGGCAAGGCGGCUCACAGGUUUGUCUGCUGCUGGUGCAGUUUCUCAGAGGGGGAUCCCACUGUCAAGGUCAACCAGUGAUGGGUAUGAAGCUUCUGGUGGGGAAGAUAGUGAUCGUGUUCCUUCCAGAAUUUUCCAGAGGUCGACAAACUGGAGUAGCCUUCUCUUCGCAUCUGGUCAUGAUGAGAGGGUUAUUAAGCUGAAUGCUUCAUCUUCUAGCCAGGCUAACAGUAGAAACCUUUGACCAAUUAUGAACUGAUGAAGUUUAGUUCACUUUGAUUCCAUAAAGGGAAUAGUUCAACAUUCUUUCAUUUGUUGGCCAAGGUGUUUCGGGCUCCAAAAUACGGUCUGCUUUGCCAAAUUUAAUUGGGAAUGGACUCUAGGACAUCAAAUCAGGACCUUCAUGCGCAAGACAUGUAUAAGGCUGUACAGAAAUUUUAGAAUUUGGGUUCCACCAAGAUGUAUUUGCUUUAUAUUUUGCUUGAGCUUCAUUGCAGCGUCUGGUGGGUUUUCAGGGAUUCACCAGAUGGUGAGUUUGCUGUUGUGCUGCAUAUGAUACUCAAAUUUGUCAUCCUUGUUGAUUUUGCUAGAAAUGAAUUAUUCUUGGAUGGCUUCUGCUUGA